GCUGGGCCACAUUCCCCAGCCAGGCAGACAGCUGACACCAGGCUUUGGGGUCACUGGGGCAGCUCCCCGACCCUCUAGUCCCCUGCAGAAGCCGAGCUGGGAGCUGCUGGGCCAUGGGAGCGCCCUGCACCCCAAUAACCAUCCUUCUCCUGCUGCCCAUGCUGCAGGCUGCACUGGACCGUGGAAUCCAGACAGCGUGCGGCCAGGCGGGGCCCCAGGACCGGAUCGUGGGCGGGGACGACGCCCCGCUGGGGGCCUGGCCCUGGCAGGUCAGUCUGCAGUAUGAGAACCGCCACAUCUGCGGGGCGACCCUCAUCAACGCGGAGUGGGUGCUAAGCGCUGCACAUUGCUUUCCCAAGCAUGCGGAGCUGUCUCGGUACCGCGCCGUCCUGGGCUCCCGCCAGCUGUCGGUCCCAGAGCCCGGCUCCCUGCGGCUGCCCCUGUCCCGCGCCCUGGGCCACGCGCUCUACUCUGGGGAGGGCUCCAGCGGAGACAUCGCCCUGGCCCGGCUGGGCCGCCCCGUCACCUUCACCCCGCAGGUGCUGCCCGCCUGCCUCCCGGACGCCGGGGUCCACUUCCCCGCCGGGACCCUCUGCUGGGUUACUGGCUGGGGGUCGCCACGAGAGGGAGACCUGCUCCCGGCCCCCAUGACGCUGCAGCAGCUGCAGGUGCCCCUGAUCGACCCACUGCCCUGUGACGCCCUUUAUCGGCGCCGGAGCUCCAGGAGGGAGAUCCAGGAUGACAUGGUGUGUGCCGGCUACGCCGAGGGACAGAGAGACGCCUGCCAGGGCGAUUCGGGGGGGCCCCUGGUCUGCCAGAAGGCUGGGCUGUGGUUCGUGGCCGGCGUCGUCAGCUGGGGCGAGGGCUGCGCCCUCCCCAACCGCCCCGGGGUCUACAUCCGCGUCGGCGCCUACCUGGACUGGAUCGGGCAGCACGUGCCCAACGCCACCUUCGGGGUGGUCAAUAUCACCACCUACAGCCUGCCCGGGGGCGGGCCCCCCGGCCCUGCCCCCACUGCCCUGCUUCUAGCCGCCUGGCUGCUCCGCAUUCUUCCUGUUAGCCACGGAGCCGUGGGCUGUUCCAUUCGUGGUGCCCUGGACGAACGCCAGGUCUGGGACGGUCUCUCGGAGCCAGCCGUGGUAACUGCUCCCAGCACCCACGUGAUCCGGUCCAAUAGAGUAUGUGGCCGCCCCAGAGCUCAGUACCGGAGCGUGGGGGGUGAGGAUUCGAUGGAGGGCGAAUGGCCCUGGCAGGCAAGUCUGCUCUGGUACAACAAACACCUGUGUGGGGGAUCCCUCAUCUCCAACCAGUGGGUGGUGACGGCAGCUCAUUGCUUCCAACGGAGUAUGGACACCUCCAACUAUGCGGUGCUGCUGGGAGUCAACAAGUUGGCCAACAGUCAACCUCACAAGCUGUCCUUGGGCCUGAGACGCAUCAUCCGCCACCCGAUAUACUCCGGGGAAUCCUCCAGCGGGGACAUAGCCUUGGUGGAGCUGGAGAGACCCAUCCAAUUCACCAAUUAUAUCCUCCCCAUCUGCCUCCCAACGGCCUCUGUUCAGUUCCCAGCAGGCAUGAAAUGCUGGGUGACUGGCUGGGGCAACAUCCAGGAAGGUGAGGACCUGCCAGCUCCGCAGACCCUCCAGAAGCUCCAAGUGCCCAUUAUAGACCAGGAGACCUGCAGGGAUCUCUACAACACGGCGGUGGGCGAGACCUUCCCGCCCAAGUCCAUCCAGAACGACAUGAUGUGUGCCGGGUAUGCUGAGGGCAUGAAGGAUACAUGCAAGGGGGACUCCGGCGGCCCGCUGGUCUGCAAGGUGUCCAAGGAGUGGCUGUUGGCCGGGAUCAUCAGCUGGGGCGAAGGCUGUGCCAUCAAGAACCGCCCUGGGGUCUACAUCCGCCUCACCUCCUAUGAGGCCUGGAUCCACAGCCACGUCCCCGAUAUCGAGUUUGUGCCAGACGAGAAGGGAAGGAACGUGCUUGGCAACGCUGCGACUGGCUGGGCCGCGAGGACAGGCAUGACCACCUGGCUGCUGCUGCUCAUGGGGCGGCUCCUCAUGGAGGUCUAG